UGUCGCCGAAAGAAGAAUAAGCGGGUGCGGGUGUCGCGAAUACGAAAACUCAAAAAACACCGUUCGAUUGGGAUUGUUGCAAUUCUUGGCCUGCUAAUUAAUAAAAAUCGGUUGCAGCACCAGCAGGUGCAAUUGGAGAAAACUAAAAAAAUGCAUAUGUGUAGGUGUGAGAUGGCGAAAAUCAAUAACAAAGCAAAGUAAAUAAAACGCUGGCGAAAAGUGCAUACGAAAGUGGUGUUGGAAGAAACGAAAAGGUGUGUGUGUGUGUGAAACGUUACGCUUCUGGCCAGGCCAAUAAGGAGCUGCUGCAACGACAACGCCGCCGCUAAUGUUUUGACGUGACUUGAAUUUGUUACAAGUUACUUGAAAACUCUGCCGCGCCGCGCCGCGUCUUGUUAUGUUUAAUAUUUUAAUUAAUUUCCAUUCUGGUUCUGGCUGUGGCUCUUCAGCGGCGAAUAAGGUCAAAAUAAAACACGCAAAACACCAUUUCAAUUCUCAGUAUUUCUUUAAACAAUUUUACGCCUGUGUGUGUGCGUACGUGUGAAGCAACAAAAACGCGCGUGAUUCAUAGCUCAAGAUACUGCCGUUGUUUGCCCCCGAGAGAUACUUAGGAGCGGGACCCGGACAGAGGCGACAAAAGUGAGUUUCGUGCAUUGAACCGCCGACAGCGACUUGCUUCCUGGACACAACAACAGCAGCAGCAGCAACAACAACAACGAAACAGCAGCAGCAGCAGCAACAUGGAUAAAUCUAUAUGUGCAAUAGUUGAGUACGAGUAUGCAGCCAAGGAGCCAGAUGAGCUGGAUCUACACAAAGGUGCCAUUAUACAUCGCAUAAAGCAGAUGCCUGGCGGCUGGUGGCAGGGCACACUGAAGGGCACAAGUCUCUCUGGCAUGUUUCCGGAUAAUUUUGUGCGCGUGCUGGAGCCAAACAGCAGCAACAACAGCAACAGCAAUGGCAAUCAUAGCGAUGAUAAUGCAGCAGUGCAGUUUAGGGAGAAAUCAGCAACAUCGAAUCGACGCUGUAAAGUCAUCUACAGUUACACACAAGUCAACGACGAUGAACUAACGCUGGCCGUGGGUGAUGUCAUUGAAUUGCUAGGGGAGGUCGAGGAAGGCUGGUGGCGCGGACGUUUGCGCAGCAAAGUUGGCGUAUUUCCUUCAAAUUUUGUGCAACAUAUCGAGCCAUCGCCUAUUCUGGCCUCCAAGCGGCCGCCGACGAUUGGCGCUACCGUGACGUCAUCAGCGCUAACAGCAAAGGCAGCAAACAUUACAGCAACGACAACGACAACAAAAACAGCAACAGCAGCAGCUUCAACAACUGCAGCCACUGUGGCUACUGCUGCAGCUGCAACACCUGCAACUCUAACAACGAAAACAAGCAUCAAUCGCACUACGGCGGCGUCUACAGAGAACGUUGCUGUGGCAGCUGCGGCAGCGCCCACGUUACCACCAAAGCCGUUGCGUGAUUUUUGCCGUGUGGAGUUUCCCUAUGCGCCGCAGAACGAAGAUGAGCUGGAGCUCAAGGUGGACGACAUUAUUUGUGUCAUCAGCACAGAGCUGCCGGACAAGGGCUGGUGGAAGGGCGAGAUACGCGGCAAAGUGGGCGUGUUUCCCGAUAAUUUCGUCAAACUGCUGCCACACUCUGAAGUCGCGCCCAUUAACGAGCCAUCAACAGGUACGACCCAGCAGCAGCAGCAGCAGCAACAGCAGCGCAAGAUCAGCAACUCUAGCCACAUGACCACAACGAAUGCCAGCAAUAGCAGCAGCACCACCACAACGGUGACGCAGCAGCAGACGCAGCAGCAGCAGAGCAGCGGCUCGACCACCUCAAAGGUUUACAUCAAGAAAACCGGCAGCAGCAGCAACUCGUCGGCGUCGGGGCGCAAGGAGAGCUUUGGUUCGCGCGAUUCACUCAAUGAUAUACUCAGCGAGACAGGAUUGCCAGUGGGCACAGUCGCCGCACAGCGUAAAUCGCUUGAGAACAAGAACUUGGAUCUGAGCAAGCUGCCGGGCAGCAAGAGCAGCAGCACAACCAUAACAACAACAACAAACAGCAGCAGCAGCAGCAGCAGCACUUCAGCAUAUACAGAGCUGCGCAAAAGUCUGGACAAUAUGGAUGAAAAGCUAAAGUCGCCACCACCAGUGGUGAGCAAGAAACCCAGUGUGCCGCUCAAGAAAACGCCAACAGGUGGCGUGCCAGUGCUUGGCGGCAGCGGCUUGAAGAAGAAGAGCACGGAUGGCAAACUCACCAGUGCAGUGUCCCAUGACAUUGCGGACGGCAUGGCGGGCAGCAAACUAUCAGCUGACCAGCUGCCAGAAGCUGGCGCGCCAGGCAAUGUGAUUAUGCGUCGAGCUGCUACAAUUGCUGGCGAGGAUACGGAAUUCGAUCGCGUUGAACGCGCUUCCAUAUUGACAGACAUGCGUGCGGGACGCGUCAAGGCGCCCAAACGUCGUCCACCCUCAGCGGCAAUUAUUGUGCUAGGCGAGAGCAACAACAAUUCGGUUUAUGUUAAUGGCAGCGGCAUGGCCAGCAGCGCCAGUGAACUGAGCGAAGAUGGCGGCGCGGGCAAGCAAGCAAGCAUCUCCUCGGAUGAUAAUUCCACAAGCGAGGAGCCGCAACUAGCCAAGCCCAAGCCUAGAGAGUGGGAAAAGAAAAAGGCGCCGUGGAUGGAGGAGCUGAAGGCAUCGCAAGUGUCACGCAAGAAGACCUCACCUGUAGUGGAGCCACGAAGUGGCGCAGUUACAGUAGCGGAGCGCACCUCCAAGCUAUUCCCAGCGGAGCCAGCAGCAGCCACCAACAGCAGCAGCAGCAGCAACAGUGUUGUUGUUGCUACUACUAAAGUGCAAUCCAGUGCAGUCACUUCCUCCAGCAUUAUGCAGCAGUCCAUGUUCGUCGAGAGCAGCAGCAGCAGCACUAGCCAAAAGAAAGAAUCCAGCAGCAGUAGCAGCACAACAACAACUGUUGUCAACAACGAUGCCAUCAUGUCCAAGAGCAUGUCAGCAACUAAAGCGCCCACAAGCGCCGCUGCGCUCAGCAGUGAUGAAGAGUCACGAGCGGCACGCCCCAACAGCUUAGCGCUACGCAAUCGCAGCGUCUCGCCGCUGGUGCGAACUGCCAACGCCAGCAGCAGCACGCAGCAGCAGCAGCAACAUGAGAAGAGCAACAAUGUAACUGCAAGUGAUAGACCGACAACAACAACAACAACAGCACAGAGCAGCAAUCAUACAGAGAGUGCUGCGGCGCCGCCACGUGUGCAGCAGCUGGAGGGACGUGUGGAUAAACUGGAGGCUCUGGUGCAGGCACAGCAGCGAACCAUUGAGGAACUGGUGCGCACAUUGCGUGAGGAGACGGAGCGCGUUAAGCUGCUACGCGGCGAGUUGGACAAAUAUGCGCACAAACAAACCCAAAGUCGUCGCGGGAAAUUUGAUAAUUGGAUGUUCUAAAGCAACAGCAAAUGUUACUCAGCAAUUAUUUAAUAUAUGCAAUAACUUUAAUGUACAGCUAACUAACUAUUCCAUUUAAUUUUGUGAUAAGCUCUAACCGAUUUAUUAUUUAAAAACAAACGAAGCUAAGCAACAUGCAAUUAAUUCCUCAGCCCAAUUUCAUAC